AUGUCAGCGUCCUCACCAACAAGCACGAAUGCAGAAAGUUUAGAGAACCUAGACAAGUCCAAGAGAUGCGCCAAACCAACACCGGAAAUUGUCCUUGGACUCGAGACAGAAGACGGCGCAUGCGCUGUUGUGGAGAUUGAUGACAUUAUUGACGACUCUUCUUUAGCACCGGAAGAUCUCGAGAAUUCGCAUCUUUUUCUCCAUUUUCUUCUUUUCUUUCUCUCUACACCCACCCCACCACCAAGAAUUCCUUUAUUCAUAUAUGUCUAUAUUUGCUUAACUUAUUCAUAUCUAUCUAUCUAUCUAUCUAUCUCUCUCUCUCUCUCUAUCUAUCUAUCUAUCUAUCUAUCUAUCUUAUUUAUUCAUAUAUGUCUAUAUUUGCUUAACUUAUUCAUAUCUAUCUAUCUAUCUAUCUGUCUGUCUGUCUGUCUGUCUCUCUCUCUAUCUAUCUAUCUAUCUAUCUAUCUUAGUUUAUUCAUAUAG